CUCUUUAUUCCCAUCAUUUCACAAGGACAGGCAAGUCUCUUUUACUCUCACAUGUUCCUGUGACUGUAACACACAUACUCACUCACACGCACGGGUAGAAGGCUUCAGACGAUGGAUGUCCUUUCACGCUUGAAAAAAGCGAUUGGUGGAGCAGGAAAUGAAGAAAGGCAAACCAACUCCGACAACGAUCAGACUUCGAGAGAUGCAGCUUCAAGACAAUCACUGCCAAGGUUUACCUUGUCUUCUCAAGAUCUUCAAAGCAAUCCAUUCAAAAAGCAAAGGGGAAAUGUUCAUACACGGGCCAAACAAUUUCGUGAUAAUUGGCUAGCUAUUCGUUCUACAUUACGCACACCACAUCAAGCUGCUUUGCAUCAUGGUAUAUCUCGGACGGACUUGAUCGAUCGCCUACAGAGCAUGUGUGAUGCUUUGGUAUUCGAGGCAAACCGUGCAGAUGAAGAUGUCGAUAUUGCAGGUCCAUGCAUGGAGAUGCUAUUAGAGGGCGAUAUCUUGGGUCAAUUAGUCCGUUUGACUGCAAAUGAUCGCAUUUCUGGCUCUCAGGCUGAAAUUGUACAGUUGUUCGCUUCUCUGAUCAUUCUCCUUGAUGAACGAUUCUUAUCCAGACAAGCGGUACAUAGACCUUUGGUUCGAUUGAUGCGUAUAUGCGUUGGAGAUGAAUUUUUUCAAGCAAAACAAAAUACUUCAACAGGGACAGAAUUGGAUCAAAACAUAAUCGGAAUCAAUGAAGACGAAGAGAAACGAGCACAUCGUAAAUUCGGUCGAAUCGGAAGUGCAGAAACGUUGGGAUUUGAGGAAAGAUUAGUAGAUCUGAUGUGUCACAUUGCAAGCCGAUUGCGCAAUACGCCAGACCUUCUAAUCAUCUUUUUUCGAGAGCGUGGAGGGGAUGAAGAAGCCAGAAAAGCUUUCAAUCUCGCCAUGUCUUCAUCGCCCGCUCCUCCUUCAUCACGUCUAUCAACAAGAGCUCCUUCACCUGCUCAAAAUCAGAGAAAUUCUCCAAUCAUUCCGUCACCCUUACGACCACAAGACUCGGAAUCAUUUACCGAUGCAGGCCGUGCUGCAUCUUCUCCAGCGUCCUCAACUUCUGGAGCGCUGUCGUACGAUUUUCCACUGUUUUCCUAUCUAUUAAGAUUCGUUCAUCGUGAAUCGCGAACGGGAGAAUUGGCAAGAGCUGGUAUCCUUUUUUUGGUAGACGUUGCAUUUGCACCGGGAAGAAGAAAUCUUGCACGUUCUGCCAAUACAAAAGCAGGCAAGAAUGCAAGCAUUGGACGAUCUUUUGGUUCUCCUUAUACCAAAUCUGCUCGUCCUGGUCCUAGAAGAAGCGGAACGAGUACGCCACAAAAGCAUAGAAUCGAGGCUGAUCUUGGCUUAGGUCCAAAUAUCGCCUUGGCUCGCUUUAUGGUCGAAUCAGAUUUUUCAGAAGUGUUGGGUGCUGGUAUAGGUGCGGUGUAUGGAUUAUUACCUACUAAGCUUUCUUUGUCCAAAUUCUCCGAUGCGGAUGAUGACAGUGAUUCGCAUGAGAGACGACAUGCGCUACUGGUCGGUCAAGGUGAAUCAAUGGUUUUGGGCGAAGGAGAAAAAGUACAUAUGGAGCAAAACACAAUAAGCUUCCAAAGCGCCUUCACUACCAACAGUGAAGAGGUACGUCAACAGGCAAGGAUACUUUGUGACCUUUUGGAAUUUACUCAAGACAUUCUACGCACUGCCGUGAAAGUUUCGAUAGACUUUUCAUUGAAUAAAAACACUGUAAACGCCGAUCCUGCCAAGCCACGGCCAACGGGCUCGGUCGAGUUGUCGUUACUGGCAGAUCAAUUGACUCAAAGUAUCUCCGUAUCACUGCAAUCGCUCUUUUUGGAAAAUAUUUUAUACCCUUCCAUGUUGGAGUGUAGCGAUGUAGACGGCAGCUCAAUUGCAGUUAUGACCUAUUUGGAAGCAAUAUUGAGUGUUUUGGAGACAGAAAAUGCACUUUCCGAUUGCGUAGUGGGUUGGCUUACAGGUUCGGAAGCAAGCGAUCUAGAUUCGAGAAAUGAUGCUCAUCACUUCGGUAUGAGGGCAAAGCGGAAGAGUACAGCGAUGAUACAAUUGGAGAAAGAAGAAUCCAGCAUGAAAUUUCGACAAAAUUCAUCAUAUCAAACCGACGCCUUUGGAAGAUACACCAUCCGCGAUUUGCUUGUCGACAAUCUCCAACUGUCUUCACAACAGUCAGCUGUACUAUCAGCACUACGCCUGGCCACCACUCUCAUCACCUUUCAUGGGAGGUCAAGUCUAUCUACUGUGAUUCAGAUCAAAGAUGAUCCACUUGCCACUGCUUUUCCUACCAAUUUGAUUGAGAUCAUGAAAGAAGGAGACGACAGUAAUAAUGAUUCCAAAGAAUUUCAAUCGUUCGAUUCUGAUACCUCGGAUGAAUUUGUGUAUCCUGGAACUGAAAAGGACGAGGAGAAGUUCUUGAAUCGACUGCACGCUUUGGCAAAACAGACGGUGGGCGGUUACAAGAUGCAAAAGUACAGUCGCGAGAUCAUUACUCUCCUUUCGCUAAUGAACAGAUUACAGGUCGGUGACUCCAAAAGUGUGAGAGAUUCAUUCGAUUCCCAGAUUGAUCAAACGUACAGCAGUACAGGAUUCGAUAAUUAUUUGGAAGAUGCUGCGACGGGGCUUAUGCGAGAUAGCAUGGGUCGCUCUGCUUUACGAUCAUGGGAAGAUGGAAGCAUCAUUGAGGCUGGCGAUUCGACUCAAGAUCGUUCCAGCCUUCUGUCUUCUUACCGCAGACAUAAACUUCAGGCUACAGAUCGAUUGUUACGAACGCUCCUUCUGAGCCUUUGCAAUUAUUGGCGAAAUAGACCAGAGGUAAAUGUUGCCGCGACCGGAUUACUAUCUGCCAUCUGCUCCUGUCCGAUCCGCAGUCUCGAAGGAUUUUUAUGUCAUGGAAGACAAAGUAUUGAAAUGCUACUUUCAAUAAACACUCCGGAUCAGAAUGAGAAGGGCGAAGAAGAAGACGUUGAUGAUCUUUCAGAAGACGAAUGUACGUUCAUGAUGCAAUCUUCUUUGUUGUCCGGUCAAGACAAGCAUGAGAAGGUCUCCCUUUCCCACCAUGAUCUUAGCAAGGUACCUGUUCUAUUGAACAUACUCAGUGCGCUGGUAGACCAGCUACAAAGGUGGAGAAAAACGAUUGCUCAUUUCGACAAAUAUUUGGACGAACGUAGAAGAGGACUUCUUUUCGUGGAGAACUUGAACGAAGCCUUGAUGUUGAGCGGGAUCGAUCCUUCGGAUCAAUUUAAAGGGCAACCCAACGGGAAUACCGAAGCAGAAAGAGAACCGUCACCUUUCGAUAUGUAUUCGAAACAAGUUUCAUCGAAAAGAAAGGACGAAAACCAGAAAGGACACGUUCAGCCUGUCAAAGCUCUCAAGAAGGGGGAAGAUAUUAUAUCUUUGCCGCCACCACCAUCGGCCACACCGACACAAGAAGCUUUCCACCUACCAGAUGCUUCAGACAAAGAUAAGAAAGCAACAGUUGAACGUGGGAAUUUCGCACGAUUUUUCGGUCGUGCGGCCAAUGCGCUUAGUACUGCUGAUAAAGGUCAAAAGGAUGCUAUAAGUCAAGGAAGUACCCACCAAGCGCAUCAACCGCCGCCAAAGCCUUUUGCUCAACACUUUCUGCAAACGGCAAGCUUGAUAAUAGACGUUAAUGAUUCGGUAUACCUUGUCGAUUCAAGUCCAUGGUCAAUUCAUUUUGAUCCUGAAAAGCAAGAGGAUAGUCAGGAGAAAAAUACAGGGAAGAAAAUCAAACGUACACGAUUUCAGAAUGCUGCAUUAAGCGACACUGAGAACGAGGUAACGUUUACCUAUCCAGGAUCAGAGAAAAAAGGAAAGGAUGAUGAAGAUCGUGUGAAGGAGCAAGGUUCCGCAAAAGUAAGCUUGAGUACAAUUUUGGACAAUGCCAUUAUCUUAGAGGAGACAAUGAAGGAAUUGAUCGCUAUCUUACAAGUUCGUCGUGCAUAUGGCGUGGACGCCACUCAAAUCGUUUGAAUUUCGUGUAGCUAAAAAUACAUGAACAACUUCAUAUCAUCAUGCGUGAAUUAGAAGGAACAUUAGGUAUAUGUCAAUCGAUGAUAAGACAAACUCGGUGCUUCGUAAUCUUUCACAAAGAAGUUUUUUUGCUCUUUCACCAUAUAAGAUAGGAACUCUGCCAAGUGUUCCUUGAGGAGGAGAAUAGAUUCGGCGUCCAUGGUUGUGUGAGCGAUGAUACUAGGGAGG